AGCAGUGGUGGUGCGCAGUCCAGAGCGGAUCACUCACACCUGGAGCCGGGACCACACACACACACACACACACACCACUACUGUAACAUACGAGGUAAUAUAUAUUUUUGUAAUUUAGCCGCUUAGCCACGCCCACCUCCUGGCACAAUGGCGCGCGACUCUUUACUGACAGUUACCCAGAAUCCCACACUGCUGUAGGUCACACCGUAGCCAUGGAGCUGGAUUUCGGACACUUUGAUGAGCGGGACAAGUCGUGCCGCCGGAAGCCGGAGAAGAACGGCCUGCCAAGUCCCACGCACAGCGCUCACUGCAGCUUCUACCGCACACGCACACUGCAGGCCCUCACCAACGAGAAGAAGGCCAAGAAGGUCCGCUUCUACCGCAACGGAGACCGCUACUUCCGCGGCAUCGUCUACGCCGUGGCCAACGAGCGCUUCCGCACCUUCGACGCUCUGCUCGAGGACCUCACCCGCUCGCUGUCCGACAACAUCAACCUCCCUCACGGCGUCCGCUUCAUCUUCACCAUCGAUGGUACACGCAAGAUCUGCAACCUCGACCAGCUGGAGGAAGGUGAGAGCUACGUGUGUGCGUCUGAGAACUUCUACAAGAAAGUAGACUACACCAAGAACGUAAACCCCAACUGGUCUGUGAACGUGAAGGCCAGCGCUAUUCAGAAGAACGCAGCGAGCCGCCUGGCGAAUGAAAUGCGUGAGAGCAAGGACUUUGUGAGGCCCAAACUGGUGACGGUGAUGCGCAGCGGCGUGAAGCCCAGGAAGGCUGUGAGAGUCCUGCUGAACAAAAAAACCGCACACUCCUUCGAACAGGUUCUCACUGACAUCACCGAGGCCAUCAAACUGGAGAGCGGAGCUGUCAAGAAGAUCUACACACUGGAUGGAAAACAGGUCACUUGUCUGCAGGACUUCUUUGGUGAUGAUGAUGUAUUUAUUGCAUGUGGACCAGAGAAGUUCCGUUAUGCACAGGACGACUUCUCCUUGGAUGAGAACGAAUGUCGGGUGAUGAAGACUCCUAAAGGUCAGAAAGGUUUGGCUAAAAGUCCUGGUCCUAUUCGCCGCAGCAAAUCUCCUGCUGAGUCCACUAAUGGAACCGGCUCCAGUAGUCAGUUGUCUACUCCGAUCUCAAAACAGUCUCCAAUUUCGACUCCGACAAGCCCCGGAAACACCCGCAAACAGAAGGAUCUGUAUCUGCCGCUAUCUCUGGAGGAUGACAAUGAAUCACUGGGAGAAUCCAUGUAAACUCCGCCCACCUGUCAAUCUACCCAAGCUGAUGAUCACAGGGGUAUCUGUGACGUUGUUCGUCGCCCCCCGGUGGUAUGGAGGAGUGGCGUUUUUUUCUCGCUUUGGCGACGCCCAGCUCUCGGGCGUUUUUUCUGUCGUUUCUGUGAUUCAAUUUUUUUUUUUUUUGCUGCUUGUGAAUUCGUCACAUCCAUUUUCCAGCACCUUUCUUGAAGUCUGCUUUUUUUUUUUUUUUUUGUAAUAAUAUUUUUUAAUGUUGUGUAUAUGCAGGGCGUAUACACGGCGAUCACGAACGACUCGAGCAUCUGGGUUUCUACGCAGUUUCAGUCCUUUUGUGCAUUUUUCACAGCGAUCUUUUAAAAAAACAAACAGAGAAGAGAAAUCCCUGAUAUUAAAUGUGUGAAGUUGCGAUUGCAUUUCAUAUCAGCGUGUAGAAUUCUAUUUCUGACUUUUUUUUUUUUUUGCUUUGAUGAUUUGUCACUUUAUCAUUGAAAAAAAUGAACCAUUCUUUCAGCGCUUGGUUCUGCGAAUUCCGAGCAGCAAACGAGUCCUAUAAGUAAAAAAAACCUUUUUAUUAAUCUUUUUGUAACUCUCGCUGUGUUUAAUAACUUGUUGUGCUUAAAAAAAAAAUCUAAAUGAAAGCAGGUUUUUUUUAUUUCAGUCCUGACUGGGCAUGUGCUGAAUUAAACGCCAUUUUCAGAAUUUUCGCGAUAACAGGGUUACGAUUUUAUCACAGUACUGUAGCUACAUGUAGCUUUUUUCCUAUAAUGUUCGUUUGCUCAGAUUGUCAGCUUGUUAGUUAGCGUAACCAUGAUUGAAACAACUGACAUGAGCUGGCAGGAGGCUAAUAAGCGAGAUUCGUGAAGUGAAUUUCACAAAUUAGACUGUUAAUCAAAACAAGCUCUCGUUAAAGAUCACAUUACUGAUUAUCAGCACAUGCCGAGUUCUGACCCACGGCCACGCCCAUGGCCACGCCCACUCUGUGUUUAUUCAGCAUCUCCACCGCAUGUUUAUGAAAUCUGAGGGAAAAAGUUUAGAUGUUCUUUCAUGUUAAAGUAAAUGGUAAAAAAAAAAUAAAUAAAAAUAGAAAAAAUGUAAAAAAUUUAUAAAAAAACAGGAAUUUGUCCAACCAAAGCCAUAAGAUUUGGACCCUUUAGUCAAUAAUAAGCACAUUCAUUUCCCCAAGAAAAAAAAUGUCACCUUUUUAUAAUCUAUGAUUUUUUUCUCGAACGAGGGAUUUUGCGAUG